GUCUGGGCAGCUCCCAGCGCAGCGCUGCAGCCUCCGCCUCCUGCACGGUGUGCGCGCCCGCGGCCAGGGCGGCCUGAACAAGUCUUGGCGGCUGCCGCCGCCCAGACCGGACGACAAGCCACCUAGGCGUCUGCCGGAGUCUCCGCCUCAUCGCCGCCACCACCGCGCACGGCCGUCUGACUCAGUCCGGGAWUAAUUGCGGAGAGCCGGAGCCAGCUCCUCGGGGGCAGCAAUGCGACCCUCCAGGACCGCCGGAGCCGCGCUGCUGGUGCUGCUAGCUGCGCUGGUAUGGGCGAGUUGUGCGUUGGAGGAAAAGAAAGUUUGCCAAGGCACAAGUAACAAGCUCACCCAGUUGGGCACUUGUGAAGAUCACUUUCUGAGCCUCCAGAGGAUGUUCAAUAACUGUGAAGUGGUCCUGGGGAACUUGGAAAUUACCUACGUGCAAAAGAAUUAUGACCUUUCCUUCUUAAAGACCAUCCAGGAAGUUGCUGGUUAUGUACUCAUCGCCCUCAACACAGUGGAGAGGAUUCCUUUGGAAAACCUGCAGAUCAUCAGAGGAAAUGUGCUCUAUGAAAAUACUUAUGCCUUAGCAGUCCUGUCUAACUACGGUGCAAAUAAAACUGGACUAAGGGAGCUGCCCAUGAGAAACUUACAGGAAAUCCUGCAUGGUGCUGUGCGGUUCAGCAAUAACCCUGUCCUCUGCAACAUGGAAAGCAUCCAGUGGCGGGAUAUCRUCGACAAUGACUUUAUGAGCAAUAUGUCAAUGGACUUGCAGAACCGCCUGGGCAGCUGCCAAAAGUGUGAUCCAAGCUGUCCCAAUGGAAGUUGCUGGGGGGCAGGAGAGGAAAACUGCCAGAAAUUGACCAAGAUCAUCUGUGCCCAGCAGUGUUCAGGACGMUGUCGUGGCAAGUCCCCCAGUGACUGCUGUCACAACCAGUGUGCAGCUGGCUGCACGGGGCCCCGGGAGAGCGACUGCCUGGUCUGCCGCAAGUUCCGAGAUGAAGCAACAUGCAAGGACACCUGUCCACCACUCAUGCUGUACAACCCCACCACAUACCAGAUGGAUGUCAACCCCGAGGGAAAGUAUAGCUUCGGUGCCACCUGUGUGAAGAAGUGUCCCCGGAACUAUGUGGUGACAGAUCAUGGCUCCUGUGUCCGCGCCUGUGGUCCUGAUAGCUAUGAGAUGGAGGAGGAUGGUGUCCGCAAGUGUAAGAAGUGUGAAGGGCCGUGUCGCAAAGUUUGUAACGGAAUAGGAAUUGGUGAAUUUAAAGACACACUUUCCAUAAAUGCUACAAACAUAAAGCACUUCAAAAACUGCACUUCUAUCAGUGGAGAUCUUCAUAUCCUGCCAGUAGCAUUUAAGGGGGACUCCUUCACACGUACUCCUCCUCUAGAUCCAAAGGAACUGGAUAUUCUAAAAACCGUAAAGGAAAUAACAGGGUUUUUGCUGAUUCAAGCUUGGCCUGAAAACAAGACUGACCUCCAUGCUUUUGAGAACCUAGAAAUCAUACGUGGCAGGACAAAGCAACAUGGUCAGUUUUCUCUAGCAGUUGUUGGCCUGAACAUAACAUCCUUGGGAUUACGCUCCCUGAAGGAGAUAAGUGAUGGAGAUGUGAUAAUUUCAGGAAACCGAAAUUUGUGCUAUGCAAACACAAUAAACUGGAAAAAACUAUUUGGGACUUCCGGUCAGAAAACCAAAAUUAUAAACAACAGAGAUGAAAAAGACUGCAAGAACAGAGGCCACUUCUGUAAUCCCUUGUGCUCAUCUGAGGGCUGCUGGGGCCCUGAGCCCAGAGACUGUGUCUCCUGCCAAAAUGUCAGCCGAGGCAAGGAGUGUGUGGAGAAGUGCAACGUUCUGGAGGGGGAGCCCAGGGAGUUUGUGGAGAAUUCCGAGUGCAUCCAGUGCCAUCCGGAAUGUCUGCCCCAGACCAUGAACAUAACCUGCACAGGCCGGGGACCAGACAACUGCAUAAAGUGUGCCCACUACAUUGAUGGCCCCCACUGUGUCAAGACCUGCCCAGCUGGAAUCAUGGGAGAAAACAACACCCUGGUCUGGAAGUAUGCAGAUGCCAACCGUGUCUGCCACCUAUGCCAUCCAAACUGCACUUAUGGAUGUGCUGGACCAGGGCUUCAAGGCUGUACAAUAAAUGGACCCAAGAUCCCAUCCAUUGCCACUGGGAUUGUGGGUGGUCUCUUCUUGCUGGUGAUAGUGGCCCUUGGGAUCGGCCUUUUCAUGAGAAGGCGUCACAUUGUCAGGAAGCGCACGCUGCGUAGACUGCUUCAGGAGAGAGAGCUUGUGGAGCCUCUGACRCCCAGUGGAGAAGCCCCCAACCAAGCUCUCCUGAGGAUCUUAAAGGAAACAGAAUUCAAAAAGAUAAAAGUGCUGGGCUCAGGAGCAUUUGGCACUGUGUAUAAGGGACUCUGGAUUCCAGAAGGUGAGAARGUUAAAAUUCCAGUAGCAAUCAAAGAAUUAAGAGAAGCCACGUCUCCAAAAGCCAACAAGGAAAUUCUUGACGAAGCCUAUGUGAUGGCCAGUGUGGACAAUCCUCAUGUGUGCCGCCUCCUGGGUAUCUGUCUGACCUCCACCGUCCAGCUUAUCACUCAGCUCAUGCCCUUUGGUUGCCUCCUGGACUAUGUCCGAGAACACAAGGACAACAUUGGUUCCCAGUACCUACUCAACUGGUGUGUGCAGAUUGCAAAGGGCAUGAACUACCUGGAAGACCGGCGCUUGGUGCAUCGUGACCUGGCAGCCAGGAAUGUCCUAGUGAAGACACCACAGCAUGUCAAGAUCACAGAUUUUGGACUGGCCAAAUUGCUUGGGGCUGAGGAGAAAGAAUACCAUGCAGAGGGAGGAAAGGUGCCUAUCAAGUGGAUGGCUUUGGAAUCAAUUUUACACCGAAUUUAUACCCACCAAAGUGAUGUCUGGAGCUAUGGAGUCACUGUUUGGGAGUUGAUGACUUUUGGGUCCAAGCCUUAUGAUGGAAUCCCUGCAAGUGAGAUCUCAUCCAUCCUAGAAAAAGGAGAGCGCCUUCCACAGCCUCCCAUCUGCACCAUUGAUGUCUACAUGAUCAUGGUCAAGUGCUGGAUGAUAGAUGCAGACAGUCGCCCAAAGUUCCGGGAGUUGAUUGUGGAAUUCUCCAAAAUGGCUCGAGAUCCCCAGCGCUAUCUUGUCAUACAGGGGGAUGAAAGAAUGCAUUUGCCAAGCCCUACAGACUCCAAUUUUUAUCGUGCCCUAAUGGAUGAAGAUGACAUGGAAGAUGUGGUGGAUGCUGAUGAGUACCUCAUUCCACAGCAGGGCUUCUUCAACAGCCCAUCUACAUCUCGGACUCCCCUCUUAAGUUCUCUGAGUGCAACCAGCAACAAUUCCACUGUGGCUUGCAUUAACAGAAAUGGGCAGAAUUGUCCCACAAAGGAGGACAGCUUCUUGCAGCGGUACAGCUCAGACCCAACUGGCGCCUUGACAGAGGACAGCAUAGAUGAUACAUUCCUCCCAGCACCUGAAUAUAUAAACCAGUCUAUUCCUAAGAGGCCUGCAGGAUCUGUGCAGAACCCUGUCUAUCACAAUCAACCCUUGCAUCCAGCAGCUGGCAGAGACCCACACUACCAAAAUCCCCACAGUAACGCCGUGGGCAACCCUGAAUAUCUCAACACCACCCAGCCUAUUUGUGUCAACAGUGCAUUUGACAGCUCUGCCCACUGGGMCCAGAAAGGCAACCACCAAAUUAGCCUGGACAACCCUGACUACCAACAGGACUUCUUGCCCAAGGAAUCCAAGCCAAAUGGCAUCUUUAAGGGUCCCACAGCUGAAAAUGCAGAAUACUUACGAGUAGCACCACCAAGCAGUGAAUUUAUUGGAGCAUGACCAUGGAAGGUAGCAUCAGCCAUAAAGAUUCUAGACUCUUCAGAAACCCAGGACCAAGCCACGGCAGCUACUUCACUCCUGAUAGCCAUGCCUUUGUUAACUCUCAGACUCGUUUUACCACUGAGCUCUGAUCAGCUCCUUUCAACCAGGAAGUGCCCCAUCCUUGGAUGCACUUUAGGAAGUUGUAGGCUCAUUCCUUGAUCGUCAAACUGUGAAGCUUCCACAAAAAGGCAUCCAGGAAGAAAGCUGUCCAUUUGAGCUGACGUUUAACUUUCAGUGAGGUAUAUUAGAAAUAUAAAUAAAAAAAUAUAUAAGGACUUUUACUGCUUGGGGGUCUUUGGGAUUUUUAAUUGUCACUAUAAUUAUGAUUUAAUGGGCUCUUCCAAGGACAAAGAAACUUGCUUGUAGCUCUUGCUACACUGAGUUGAUCCAGGCCCAACUGUGACCAAGAAGCAUGGGCUACAAGUCUUCCAACUAGCACUUGAUUCCACUGGCUCUACUUCAAGACUCUUCCAUUGCAAGACAACUAAAUAUACAAGAAAUCCUGCACAUCCUAAGCAGGCCAGAUUGAUUACUGAAUCAAAUCAAAGCAGGUACAAUAGGAUAAGCCACUUUGUUCUUUCCUGGGUGAAGAAGAAUUGAAGGGGUUGAAUUCUCCUUCAGACUUACUUUUGUAUAAAUGUUUCCAUGGUACUACUUCCCAUUAGGUUACAGUAUUUUCUAAUUAUGAGUAUUAGACUUGUUUAUUUUCCAUUCAAUUGUUUUGAAACUUAAUAUGCUUUCCCUGUCUUGAUGUCRUGACAUCAGCAAAAGAAGAUGGUACGUCAAAGAAUAACUAAGAGUUUGUAUUUGGUCCAUCAAUGUUCAGACCAAUAGCCUUUAUUUAAGAUGUAACAACACCCACAAGAGUACACAAAGGACCAUGGUCCCCAAAUGUGAGUCUCAGAUGAAAUGCAUUAGGUCCUUGGGGGGAUUGUCAUGAGACUACAAAAAUGAUACUGCUCUUAAAACUCAUUUCACCUUCACGACUCUUCACACACACACACACACACACACACACACACACACAAAAAAAACUUGUGGAAGAUAAUCUUUUUUAUUUCAUUUCAUUUUUAAAGUUUUUUCAUUUGUUUGCUUUUUACUGGAAGGGUAUGUGUCCCUGCCUGCUAAGCUACCCCCAAAACCCCUCCUGGCCCUUCAUGAAAGAAUAUCUAGGCCCUGAGUCUACUAUGCAAGAACAAGCACCCAGAAUAGGCACAUUGUACAGGUGCAGAGAAAGAGAACAUUAUAAGUUGAGUGGAAUUCAAGUGGCAAAUGUGAAAUUAGAGUUUGAAAUUGAUAAGGUUGCUUUCAUAUCUUUAGAUGUUUUAAGUGGGGAGAAAUUCAUCCUAAAAUAAUGCCCCUAUAAUUGGACUAUCCAACUAGUUAGGAUACCAACAUUUUCCCCCUAAUUUUCUUAUCUUUGCAACCUAAUUGGUUAAGAGCAAUUCUUUAAUGUUUUAAACCCUCAUUGUUAACAUUUUCUCCUUCCAUCUCAUCAAGGAAGAAAUCCCUAUUUUAAGAAGUCCACAAUAUAGUAAGGGAAGUGGACUUAUAAAUACUACCCUUAUAGCAAUAUGAUAAAUAUUGUAUAUCAGCUAAAUACCAAGAGCACAGAGCAGGCAUGAGUGAAUUCUUCCUGGGGAGACCUAGAAGGUACAUCAAGGAGGUGAUAUUGCAGCUGGGCCUCUAACAUGACCAAAGUCCAAGUUACAAGGGAAAUGAAAAGUAUAUUCCCAGCAGAGGGAAUCGCAACCAAGAAAACAUUGCUGGAGAAAUUUAYGGAUGAAGUAGGUUUAAAGGCAAUUUCAGUCAUCUUGACGUGYUGCUCCUUUAAGCUGGAACUAGGUUUGCAGCAUUCCCCAGGUUCCCUAAAUGUCCCCUUCUUUUCUGAGCUACCAUCUCUCAAAAUGAUGAGUGAGAAGAUUAAGGAACAUUCUAAGAAUCUGAGAUGUGCCAUUAUCAUAAAACUACUUUCAUUAUCUAUUCACCUCAGUACUCAGAAUGGAAAGAAAAACCUUAGUCAAUGUGUAUGCAGACAUGGGAAACAGAAUGACUCACUUUCUGCUGUCACUUAUUUGUCAAGAAGCAGAUGAUUUGUGAGCAAGAGCAAUCUUAAGUCAGUUGAAUUGUAGCAAUGAAAUUCUACUAUUUUUGUACUUUGGAAUACUUUCCUAUAACAAAAUAAACUACAAAAACUAUUCAAAUUUGCUUUUCUUCUCUUUGUACUUCAAUUUUUCCUGCAUAAAAUUUUAUUUCUAUGUAUUCUAAGAUUGUAUUUCCCAAAAUGUUCUGUGUCUAUUCARGGAGACAUUCAGGCUAUGAGAACUGCAGAGUCAGAGCCCUCUUAAGGACCCCAGUGCCUUACUGGAGAGGAGCUACCCAUUAUUUCCAUAUCACAGCCCUGACAGUUCUAAUCUCAAAGUUCCCUUCCAUUCUUGCUCAUUGAUAAUCAGUCCCUAAUAUAUUCCUGAGCAUGUAUCUGCUAAUUCUUCCUCAUUCAGUUCCUGGAAGGCCUCUGCCUGUGGCCUUAGCCUCAGAUCUGGCCUUUUUAGAAACAGAGUUCAGAGGAAAGUAAGAGUCAGGAACUAACAUUUACACCACAUCACAAAUCUUGCAUACAUCUUUUCACAAUGUGUAAGAAGUCUGUAUCAUUGCACACUAUGAAAAAUACUUACCACCUCGUGAUUUUAAAAAGGAUGAAUCUUUCAAACUCUAAAUUUGUUGUGAGUCCGGUUGCCACUGUUUUCUAUAGGUAGGGGCCUAAUGGAGGCACUGUAUUACAUUCCAGCAGAAGAUGAGAAAGCAUAGAUAUUUGUUGCAAGUUAUUAAGUUUGUUUUAGACCCUCCACCCAAGCUGCAGACAUUGAAGAACCAUGGAUUAUGUAAGUGCAAAAAGAGUUUGUCCCAGGCUGGGAUGCCCUUUGGAAUUCUUGGUUCCAAUCAAAGGAUUCUGAUUUGUUUUUCUCAGGUGCAGCCAAAAUCAUGGACUCUUCAGGGUAUUCCCCCAGGUUAUCCCAUUGUGCACCAAAUUUUCAUGCACCAAAGAUUUCAGAAUCACUUGUGUAAAUGGAAUGUCUGAGAGGGCAAGCGUUGGCACUCACCAGUGGGACUCCCACCCACACUCACUCACAUCAAGUUCUCAGGUUGCAUAUGAGUAGGAUGCAGUUGUUGCCUGAUGUUAACAAGCCAGGUCUCACCCUCACUGCAAACAAGAAUCCUGAGAGUUUAAAAGAGAUGUCUAGAGUCUCUGGAGACCAAUUCAAUCAGAAUCUCAAAGGUUUUUCCCACUUCGUUCUAAUAUACAAAUCUCCAAGGUCUCCUUUAGCUGCACAAGCCUACAGCAAGCCUAUAUCAUGCUCUAAGUCAUGGUAGAAUAAAAAAGCCUGGGUAGUAUACAGAUUCCCAUGUCACAGAAAGAAAAAUACAUAGUUGUCUCUAUGCCUAAGACUUGGCCACUACUGACCAUUCCAAAAGCUUCCAAUUCCUUACUACCAGCAGUUUAUGCUGAAAUUAGCUAAUAUCCAAAUCUGAGCCUUGAUAGCUUUAUCAGGCUAUCAGGUUAUCAAAGUGUCCUUUAUCAGGACACUUGGCAUUUUCUAAAAAGUAAGUUGUAAAAAUCAGCCUCCUUCCCCCUACCCCCACUGAGUGAACUGCUCCCUCUUAAGAGGCAGCUGUUGAAACUGCCCUUAAUCUGUACUUUGUAUUUCUUUCUUUUGAUAAGCACACAUUUUUAUUAUAACACAAUGAUCUGUUUAUAUGUCCUUGCCUGAAGCUAUAAAACCUUAACUGAACAGAAAUCUCUGCCUCUUUUCCCAGCCACACCUGCCAUACUAGGGACAAACAUCUUUGUACUAUUAAAAAAGAUACAUUCAGACAGGUUUUGAAAUGUAAAUCUAUUUUUGUAACUUUUUUUGCAGAAUAUUGUCCUCUUUAUGUAGCACUGAUCUUUGUAAAGUAUAUUUUUAGGAAACUCAUUUUUCUAUUAAAGGAAGUACUUUAGAAAGACUGCAAUAGAAUUAAAUUGAAGUUGAAAUCUUUGCUUAUAAGGGUUAAACUAAAGCAAGAGAAGUCUUUCUUAUAAGAAGGUACAGCCUCAUUGCAGAGCUAAGUUGGUCGUCAUGGUGAAUAGAAGAAGCAUCAAUUCCAUAUUUAUAAAAUUAGAAAAGAUAAAAAGCCCACUAACUUAGUGUUGAUCUGAAUCAGKUUCUGGUCAGUCUGUUAAUAGAAAAGGAUCACUGUAGGGAUUACUGUCURUUUUUACUACUAGAAGAAUCCAAAUGCAUAUUAUACUCUGAUCAUCUGCCAGUAUGACCUUAUAAAUGUAACAAAAGCAAUAAUAUAGCACUUUUGGGUUUAUAUAUGCUAAUCUGACUUAACACAAAUUAUUUUGGUUUUAUAUUUACAAUUGAUAUUCAUUUAUCAAUACAGACUUAGAAGUAUGUACACAGCCAUAAAAAUGUUCAACAUGUUUAUGACAUCUACCAAGACUCUUAUCAUAACCAACCUAAAGAAGCUUCCCUGGCUACACCUUGAAAUCACCUGGGGACCUUUCAAAACCCUUAAAACCCAGCUAUAUUUGAGACCAAUUAUACCAUUCUCUAUGAAUGAAAUACAGGCAUUUGCACUUUUUAAAAYUCCUAAAGUCAUUACAAAUCACAGCCAAGGUUGAGAGCCAUCAGAAGAGCCACAGGGACCUGGACUUACAGGUAAAUUCCACAGAGUAAGUGAUUCCCAGGCCGAGAGAAUUCUAAGACACAAAGAUAGCAUCUGUCACUGAGAAUCAGGAACCUGGACAGAGUUCCCAUGAUGGCUGCCCAUGCACUAGAGGGCAGAAUGUCUAACCAGUGGAGAGAAAGCAAAGGAAAUAUAAAAUAGACACCUAUUUUUGUCAUUUCCUAAGUCUGUCUCUCAAUUAAAGGCCAACUGGUAGUAAAAUAGAGGUAUAGUGACUAUUCCUGCUGCUUUUGCAACUGACAUUGUUGCCCUCCCAAGUGACCUUUUAUUUUCCWGAGUGAAGGAUAACCUUGAUCUAUCAGUUACAUUACAAAAGGCAGACUUCAAGAGGAUUGGCAAAUAGUUGAAUGACUUUUACAGAAAUAAAAGUGCAAGAGGAUUUUUUAUACUUUUUUCAUAAACUAUACCUGGGAUAAAAACUGAAGCAACUAAUUGUGGUUUUGCUUUUAUGUACAUCUGCACAGUCACAGUGUAUCCUUUGAGGUCCUAAGCUUGUCAUGCCUGAAUCACAAGCAGAAGUAUUAAGAAUCCCCACCCCAUCACCUAGAUAGACAUUUUUAGAUGCAUUUACU